GUUCAUCUAUGAUUCCAGCAAUUCAUCAAGAUGCGUCGUCGUUAUUUCCUGCUCAGAUCAGCAAUCUACCAUGUAUCACGUGACAUCGCGUGUCCCAUGUCGUGCAGCGCGUUGCCUAUCCGAGCUAUCAAAGUCGACAUCAGUUCUUAUCGAAUAGACAUUCAAGAUCGCAGGUUCAAAAGAAGCAAUGCGGAAAUGCUAGAGCGUACAUUCGAACGCCAAAAGGUGGAUCUCGAAUUCACCCUACGGCGAGUCUUUGGUAAAACCUCGUUCCGGCCUCUGCAACGAGAGGUUAUACUUGCUGCUGUUGAAGGCCAUGAUAUUUUCUUACAAGCUGCAACGUCAUUCGGCAAAAGUUUGUGUUUUCAGUUGCCUGCUGUCAUCAAUCAUGGCGUCACGGUUGUUGUAUCUCCGCUUCUUGCGUUGAUGAUGGACCAAGUUUCAGCACUUCAGACACUUGGAGUAGCGGUGUCAACAAUAAACUCGACUACUCCUUUAUCCGAGAGGAGAAAUAUCGUGGAUGAUCUUCUCUCCGGGCAUCCGAUAAUUCGUCUCCUCUAUGUGACGCCUGAGCUUUGCCUGACGGAGACGUUUAGACGGACUCUCAAAACCAUGCACGCGCAAGGAGAGCUGAAACGCAUCGCUGUUGACGAAGCGCACUGUAUCAGCGAAUGGGGCCACGACUUUCGUCCCGCAUAUAAAGAACUAUCAUGGUUCAGGCGGGCAUUGGUCAAUCCUCCGGUUCCUAUAAGUGCACUUACAGCCACAGCUACGCCGCGUGUCCGUACCGACAUUAUCAAUCUACUCGGUUUGGACCCGGCUACUCUGAGGACAUUUAACACGCCGUCAGCACGCCCUAAUAUCCAUUAUGAGGUCAGGUACUUUGCGGAUAGUGAAAACGACGAGAUCUGCACGGCAAAGUCUCAGCUGGACGAUCUCCUAGCGUGGCUAAAUUCUAUACAGCGCCGGCGAGAAGCCAGGAUGUCCACGGAUUCUGGAGAUGAUACUGCUAAGCCGAAGACUCCUGGUAAGAAACUCAAGCCAAUGUCCGGUAUAGUAUAUGCCCCGUAUCGCUCUAUCUGCGAAAGUCUCGCAAAGGCACUGUCGUCCUCAGGUAACCGCAUCCACGCCGUGGCCUACCAUGCUGGCCUCCAAGCCGCAGAAAGGUCGCGCAUCCAGGCAAUGUGGACAUCCAACGGACCUGUUGACGCAGCGGAUGAUGAUGAUACUGCCUUCUCGAUCAUUGUUGCUACGAACGCUUUCGGUAUGGGAAUCGACAAUCCUCACGUUCGCUUUGUGGUCCACUGGAACACACCACGGAGUUUCGAAGGCUUCGUCCAAGAAUCUGGCCGUGCAGGUCGCGAUGGACGUGCUGCUAUGUCCCUGGUCUAUUAUGGUAUUCUACAGCGUGACCGGGCCUAUGAACUUAUGAAACGGGACUUCAAGAAUGCUAUCUCGAACAAGACCAAAGAUGGCCUUACGAGCACUAAGGUCAAAAGCCACCGAGCUCGAAUAGAUAGUUUCAAAAAAGUCGUCCGGUACUGCGAGACGACGACACGCUGCAGACACGAAAUCAUCAAAGAGUACUCCGGGGACCUGGACCUCGAAAUGAUGGGCUCGCAAGUUCCGCGGGAAUACAACUCAACGCAGGCAGGGCAAAACGGCUCCUUUCCCACUUCCCCGUGCGACUUCGCCUGCGAUUUCUGCAAAGAGGGCGCUCAAUCCGUGACGAGGAGGAAACAGAAAAUGUUGACGGAUAUGGAGGACUUCGAACACACAGGCGCUCUUCCACAACAGCUGUUCGAAAUGAUGUUUCCGGAUUUUUGCUAGGCCGAGCGUUCUGCUGCUGCAAGAUAUGACCGAUGAACUUUAUCCGCAUAUGGUGGUUAUGCCUUGGCCUUUCUCAACCUCUGUGGAUAUCUACGAUUUUUUAGGGACGAAAUGAUCAAUUUGAUUGGUCGUUAUACGGGAUUAGUGCUAUGGUUGACUGAACAUAUGUUUCUAUUAAAUGGCGCAAGGAACACUCACGGGCGGAAUAAUGUACUUAUUCUCAUCAUAUUUCAUUUCUAAACAUAUCCACAAAGCAGAACCCUUGAGAAAGGAGCUUCACGCUCUAUUCUA